AUGCUAGAUGCAAAUAGAAGCGAUGUGCGUCAAAUUCUAGAGGUAUCAAACGAAAAAAAUCCUGAGAAAUACCUUGGUCUUCCUUCAAUAGUUGAAAGAAAUAAGAAGGGGGCUUUUGUACAUUUGUUUGAUAAUUUUCGAAGCCAUAUAAGGAAUUGGUCCGUGAAGGCUUUUUCUCAAGGAGACCCUUUGUUUGGAAUUAAAAAGUAUAAUGGCCAACUUCUUUUGCCAAAAGUUAGAGAACAAAAGGGGAAUUCACUGGUGUUCUUGGAAUGCCCUUUGGCAGUCAAAAGAAAAUUGUGGUUUGGGUUUCGAUAUCUAGCAAAGUUUAACAUCGCUUUGUUGGCAAAAUAUGGUUGGUGGCUUCUUAUUUAUCCUACUUCGUUUUUCGAUCGUCUUUACCGUGCAAAGUAUUAUCCGACGGGGGACUUCUUGAGUUCUAGCGUUGGAGCUGCCUCGUCCACAUUUGACGUAGUAUUUGGUGUGCUAAGGGUCUUCUUUUGA